UUCAGCCCCUUUGCCAGGGGCAGCCAGCAACCAACCAUGUCCCAAAAGGAGACGGAGCCAUGGAGGGUGCCAUCCCUGUUCGCUGGGAAGCCGAGCCUGGGGCUCUGGUGCCCUUCCAGGGAUACAGGCAGGACUGGAAGCUGACCAGCAGUGGAGUGGGGCUCAACUAUAUCCCCCCCUUGCCUUUACUGCCUCCCUAUGUACGAUCUACAGUCCAGGAGCCCUUGCCCCCUGGCUCUGAGAAAAGCUAUAGAGAUGAGGUUAUUCCCCGCCUGACCACCACCUCGCAGCUUGCCUAUGGCUCCAAGAACCACAGCCCGGUCCUAACUCAUGACCGGUACUUUGUUGCCGAUGCACACAACAGCGUCCACUAUAUUAAAGAUUUGAAAGAGAAGCUGAGGGAGAGAGCAUGGCGGUUCCCGCUGACCAUGGGCAACCAGAAAAGCGAGAUGAGGGACCGCUUCCCAGGCUGGCCCAACCUGCCACAUGAGCCCACCUUUCAUGCUGGACCUCAGCCCUUUGGACUAGCUGCGCAUCAUUCAAAUGGAGCAUCCAAGUCCAUUGUGGCCAGCACACGGAAUGAAGAGAUAGCUGGCAAGCCCUUCUAUGUCCGGGACAAGGCAGUUUUGCGGCUCAAUGAACCGUAUAUGUCCAUCACCACUCGAGACUUCCAUCCUUUUACAAAGAACGAAGUACUUGAGUACUUAAAGGAGAACCCACAGGCACGGUAUUCCCACCCUUUGAUCCGUCAAUCUGGGCCGAUGCGGGACAUCCCGCUGUUUCCCCGUGCCACUCGGGUACCCCGCCUGCCCCCCAAUAUACCUGCGGUUCCCCACCGUGGCCUGCUCAGCCAGACCAAAGAGUCCUACCAGCCUCCCAAUGAUCACAAGCGCUCCUGGGAUCGCUACUGCCCGGUGGAGAAGCCACCCACCGUCUCCUGUCGGGUGCCAGUGGUGGAGAUCAUGUGUGUGCCCCGCAUGUAUGAGACGGAGUACAAGUGCUACGGAAGUGGCAAAUUCAUGCCGGUGUGAGAAAGUGUCGUUGGCAACUGUUCUGCAAACUUUUAGGUUUGCUUCUUUUCUCUUACUCAAAGGAACAAGCAGAAUGUUGCUGUUUGUUAUUUGUCUCUGUGUUCAUUUUGCUAAGGACAACCUACUGUCUUGACUUUUAGAGCAGAACCUGCAAGUUAUAUUGUUUGCCUUACAAAUCCCAAGAUCCCUCACUGACCAUGCCAGUUCACUCCAGAAAUGCCCAAACUCUGGUUUAGUGUAGAUGGGCAACAUGAGGCCUUCAAAAUAGUGUUGGAUUUCACAUCCCUUCAUCCCUCAUAGCUGGCUAGGGCUCAGGGGAGUUGUGGUCCAACAACAUUUGGAGGUGUGUCAUCUGUCCAGCAUUGAUUUGGAGGCAUUCAGAAAAUGUUGUGUUUUGGGCUGCCCCAUGCAAGAAACUGCCCCAAAUUUGAAAGUAUCUAACUCAGUGGUUCUCGACCUUCCUAAUGCUGCAACCCCUGAAUACAUUUCCUCAUGUUGUGGUGACCCCCAACCAUAACAUUAUUUUCAUUGCUGCUUCAUAACUGUAAUUUUG